ACACAUAUAAGGAGAGAGUAAAGAUAAAGCUAUUGAAGGGACAACAUAAGAGAAACAAAACCUCUUCCUUUUCCAUUUCUCCCUUCAUCAAGAAUCAAUGGCUUCUACUCUUACUACUACGACUCCACCAAAUGAUGGUGAUGAUCAAAGUGACACCACAUUAUCAACCCCAGUUUUCCGGCAACCGACAACAGUGACUCGCCGGAGCCAAUCAUCUCUCUCUUCUUCUCCAUCUCACUCUUCCAACUCUUCCUUUGGAUCAUCUCUCUCUUUCCAUGAUCUUGAUAAUAAUUCCCCUUUUAGCCCUACAACUCCUCUUCAUUUCUCUAAAGGGGUACCAUUUUCUUGGGAACAAAUUCCUGGAAUUCCAAAGCAAAAAUUUUCCAGGAAAAAUAGCACUUCUUUAGGUCAACUUCUCCCAUUGCCACCACCAGCUGGAAAUAUACCAAAUUCAUCCAAGAAAACUACUAGUUUUCUUGAUGAGUUUUCUCCAAGAAAAAGUGCUACUAAAAGCUUUAGAAAGGAUCCAUUUUUUGCUGCAUUUGUGGAGUGUUCCAAGGAUGAUCAACAAUAUCAUGAUGAUGACAUUUGGAAAAGUUCUUCAAAGGUACCAUCAAUAAGAAGUUUAAGUGAUAGAUUUGGAUUCAUUAGCAUGUAUGCUUCUUGCAAAAGCACUUGUACAGUUUCUGAAUCCAUUGUUUAUAUUCCAAGAUCAAGAAAUUAUAGUAGGAAGUAGAAGUGAUCAUGAGUGAAUUUAAGUCCUACAUCUACCGACAGAGGCGGAAGCAAGAUUUCAAGAUUUGAAGCUUAUGCGUUUUGAACUUGCCAUCGAACCCGUUGCUCGUUUUAGUUACUGGGUUCGUAAUUAAAUAUUUAUGCAUAUUUAAUGAAUUUUCUAGUACAAAUAUGGAAUGUAAGCCUAAACUACUAAAUAUGUCAAAAUCCGCAGCUAGUAUUGUAGCUCUGCCCUUUCUACAUAUAGGUUAGUUAAGUGUUACUAUUUGGUGUUCAAUGCAUAGUUAUUUUCAUAAAAUUUGAACCUAUGUUCAUUUUGGGCUUGUGGUGAUUUUUAUUUUUUUGGGUUUUAUGUAAUGCAACGUGAGGACAAGUCAAUGUGUUUGUCCAAAAUUAAUUAAAAUAGUACAAUUAUGGGUA